AUGCCAGACUUUUCGAUAUUAAACGACAACGAGGUAGCUCAAUUAAAGGAUACCAUUAAUGAGUUAAGAUCACAGCUGGAUAGUGCACAUAACGAAGUUCAAAAUCUACUGACGGAAAACCAUAUCCUCCAAAAGAUUAUUAAAGACCAGCAAAACAAAAUUAAUCAACUAACAACAAUCUGCACUUCAAAUAAAAAACAACCAAGGAAAGUCAACAGAAGUAAUAAUGUGGCUAAAAAGAUAGAUUUUUCUGAGAAAACGGUCUCGCUCACAACUAUAAAGAACUGUCCUGCAACUUCACUAACAUAUAACCAACCGUGCGAGAAUCACUAUGAAGUAAAAAGUGUAGAAACCUCUGCUUCUUGCUGUUCAUCGAAAGAAAACAUCGACAUAUCAACCACUAAGAACACAUCAAGUAAGUCACAAGACACAUUACCAUCCACAAAUCAAACCAAGAGUGAAACUGAUAGCGUCCCCAACCAAGGGAGUAAAACUGAUAGCGUUACCAAAAGACGCUUAUUAAUAUUUGGAGCUCAACUUUGUAGUAAAUUAGCCUCUAGAUUGAUCAAAUUACGUUAUAACACUAAAUAUGAACAUUACGAUAUAUACGGCUGCAUUAAACCUUUUGCAACAACUGAGGAGAUUGAUUAA